AUGAAGGGAGACUAUCCGCAUGUAAUGCAUUCUUUAGUUGGAAGCAGGCUGCCAAAGUUCUCCAAGGAGCAAUCCGCAAUGUUAAAGGGAUCUUUUGAUUUUGUCGGCUACUAUACCGCUAACUACGCACGUUAUGCCCCUCGUUCAGAUGGACAUCAUGCUAGCUACCUAACCGAUGCCCGUGCCAAUCUUUCGGUUGAUCGCAACGGGGUUCGCAUUGGUCCUAAGCGACACUUCAUCGUUCCACAAUUCUUCAUCAUUACGUCUAGACAUCCAACAAUUUCCCCUUAUGCCAAAAAAUUAGGGAUCGACGAGUAUGACAACUCAACGUUGCCUCUAGAGCAACAACUUGCUGACAAUAAAGGGAUUGAGUACUUCUAUCGCCAUCUUUCUUAUCUUCGACGAGCAAUUGUUGAUGGAGUGAAUGUAAAGGGUUAUUUCGCGUGGUCACUGCUGGACAACUUCGAGUGGAACUCCGGUUACACGAUCAGAUUUGGCAUCAACUAUGUGGAUUAUCAAAACAGACCGAAGAAGCACCCGAAACACUCAGCCAUCUGGUUCAAGGCCUUUCUGAGAAACCAGUGA